AUUUCUCUCUCUCUCUCUCUCUCUCUCUCUCUGGUCUUCUUCUAGUACUACUAACUACUCAUAUAUGAUAUACACACCCAUAAAUUCUGUCUCAUAUUCAGAGUGGAGAGGAAUUGCAGAGAAUUCUAGGGUUUCUUUCAAUCCCAUGAAUCUGAACUGUAAACUACACAAAAUAUGCACCAAAGAUCAGAAAGCUCAAAUCAACUAAAAUCCGAUGCAGAAAACAGUAGACUAUAUACAAUCAGUUCCCAAGCCUGGUGCGCUGGCACUGGCAACAAUGCUAUCUCACAGGAUAGUUUAGAGGAAAGUACGUUGAAUUUAUCUUCACUACAGAAGCCAAGUGAUUCUCUAGGGACCAAAGCUAUUGAAACACAAGCUAAUGGUGGACAUGAUAUAGGAGAUAGCACAAACAAAGAAAUGCACACUACCAUGUUGCAACAAUCAGUUGAAAAUUGUAAAGACGAACAGCUGCACAUCACAUCUGUAAAGCCUCCAACAAUGGGUGAAUACCUCACCCCACCUCAACUGGAACUCGUUGGCCACUCAAUUGCAUGCACAUCGUAUCCAUGUUCAGAUCCAUAUUAUGCGGGAAUAAUGCCUGCUUAUGGCCCUCAAGCUUUGGUACAUUCUAAUGCACUUGGAGUGCAUCAUGCUAGAAUGGCUUUGCCCCUUGAAGUGACAGAGGAACCUGUGUAUGUGAAUGCUAAACAGUACAAUGGAAUUCUGAGGCGAAGACAAUCGCGUGCAAAGGCUGAGUUGGAAAAGAAACGAAUAAAAUCUAGAAAGCCUUAUCUUCACGAAUCACGUCAUAUGCAUGCCAUGAGACGGCCUAGAGGUUCUGGUGGCCGUUUUCUCAACACGAAGAAGCUCGAUAGCGCUUCUCUUAAUGUCACUUCUGACAAGGGCACUGAUUCUGGCUCAGUUACCUCUGCAAAGUGCAGCAGUUCAUUGGGUUCUAAAUCAACACCCUCUAAUCCUUCUGGAAAUGAUGGUUCCUCCACUAGUCACAAAGAAGUGAAGGAAUCCUCAGUGCAGGACAUGAAUAGUGCACAGACAUUCUCCAAUUGCAACACGAAUGUCAACAGUUGCUAUCCAUAUCAGCAGGGCUUCCAAAUGUCAGCAUUUUACUCGUUUCAACAUGAAAGGAUUGAUGGAGAAGACUGCUCUGGGCAGCAGCACCAGUAUGCUAGGAUUGUUGGGAGCCAGACCCCACACCGGGACGUAACCAUCAAAUGAAUUAUCUGUGCAGAAGGGUGAACCAUCUUUCGGUCAUUUGCUUUAAUAGUUUAUGAAUGGUUCUAGCAUUCAUGUGACCUUGAGGUUAUGCAGGUGGAUUAUUCUGAAACUAUAGCCUGUUUCUGAAACUUUCAAGUGUCAAAUUAGGUCAUGUUUUGUGUAUAUUCCGAAGCUAGGUCUUCUUGUUAGUACUGCUCCAGGCCACAGGUUGGGUGAAGCUGGAGGUACUGUUCCAACCUGUUGCUGUGGUGUGUUGGCAAUUCAUUCUUGGCUGUUAUGUUGGUUCAGUUUUUAUAUGGGAGGUGAGGAGGGUGAAUUGGGGACCCCUUUGGCAUUUUCGUUGUGCCUUUGACUCUUAAACCUUUUCCAUAUACAGGGUGAGUAGGCAAUAUGUAAAGUGAUGAUGACUAUAGAAGACAUGUACAUUAAUCUUUCCGUUCCUUCUCAAACACUUGCAAUGAGUUUUGGAGAUCUUGACAUCUAAUAUUGUCCAGGUAUGUGAAAAUAAUGUUUGUUCUUGAUAGAAUAUUUGACUUUUGAUUGUCAUUUUUGGGGGUCUUAACACUA